AUGUCAAAUAUACCUCUUUUCGACUUCCAAGAGUACAUUUCUCGAUACUCUGGACGUCCUCAACUUCUUCGCAUAGAACAUAUGUUGAAACAUCAACUUCUAGAUGAAGAUGACAAACUUGAAGCCUUACGGUUUUUGUUUGAUCGGCUUAAGUGGGAUAGGUGGGCUUAUAGGACAGAUACAAAGUUCCUAACCUUUGUGUCAAAUGAAAUCAGUGGACGAUUAGGCGCGUCUUAUUCUGCGGAUUCGGAAAUGCUCAAGAAAAUGGAGCUUGACUACAAUGAUACACUUGACAACAAAACUCGUUUACUUCGUUAUACGACGCUUUAUGCCAAGGAGGAAAGGGAGAACGCCAGGAACAAUGCCAGAGAGGAGAAUCCGAAGAAGCAAGCAGACAAAGAACUAGCGGCACACAAUUUAGGUGAAUUCGAAUACAACAGUGGCAAAAUCUGGGAGGCUUAUGAGGCUUUACGCCAAAUACCAUAUACUCUUCUUCUCAUGAUCGUGGCCUUAGAAUGCCGAUAUUUUGAGGAUUUGUGCUCUCUCGCCGUCCAACCAGUAAUAAACACUCCCGAAUGUCCCCAUAAUCAAAAUGAAAUGGAUUUCAAAUUGAUUUGUAUCCGUAGCUUGGCACAUUUGGGUAGGGGAUAUGGCCUAGCCACCGAUCACUAUUACUCGGCGGCUUGUUUGUUUGCUAACUUGAUCAAGUUUAAUAUGCGAUGGUUAAACUCCACGUUUGGACUGUUGGAACCAUAA